AUGAAUCUCAAACUAUUCGUCUUCAACGGCGGCCCAGCACCACGCCGUGUGGUGAUUUACCUUGUGGAGCGCAACUUCAAUGAAGAUGCCUCAGUCGAACUCAUCCAAUGUACCAUUGCCGCUCCGGGUGCCCCAGCUCUCGCACCCGGGAAACCACCUGGCUCGGUGCCCCUCCUGCACCACCCAGCUACAGGAUUCACCCUUCGUGAAUCGCUCGCAAUAAUCGACUACCUAGAGGACAUGGCUGAGGUGCAGGGCCUGUGGACAAUGCGUGGCCGAACGCCAAAGGAUCGCGCGAAGACUAAGGAGAUGCUAGGCCUCAUUGAUGCCGUAACGACGGAUGUCGAGUACGCGCCAGCGUUUGGGUGUAGGCUGUUUGCGCCGGUAGUCGGGGGUGAACAGUCUCCUGCGGCGGUGAGGUGGCUGUUGAGUCGUGCGAACCAGAGUCUUGAGAGGAUCGCAGAGUACGCUGCCGAGGGGACGCCAUGGCUCCUGAGAUUUGAAAGAGAAGAGGAAGCGCAGGUCACGGUGGCCGAUUGCGCUUUGUUUGCCAUCUUGCAGUAUGCCGAGAAUAUGUUCGGGUGGGACUUGACGGAGGAUCAUCCUCGGCUGAAGACCUUUUAUGGCGCGUUCAAGCUGAGGCAGAGUGCUUCUAUUCCGGAAGGGACUUGGCCAACGCAGCUCACAGAUAUGACAAAGGAUUGGAUAGAAUAUUGA